AUCCUGUCGACAAUUUUCACCUCUACAGUUGGCGACAAAAACUGGUGUUCACCUUGGAUCCUUCUAACAUGGGGCGUCUUUCCAGAAUCGCAGCGAUCGUAGUUUUGGCGUCAGCUGUGCUGUACGUGCCAGUACGAAGGUGGACAGCUGGAGGGGUGUGUGAGAGUCAGGCUAGGAUGGACGGCAAGACGGUCAUCAUCACGGGAGCGAACACGGGCAUCGGCAAGGUCACGGCCAGGGACAUGGCGCAGAGAGGUGCCCGUGUCAUUCUCGCCUGCAGAAGUCUGGAAAAAGCCGAGGAGGCUGCUAAAGAAAUCCGCAGUCAGACGGGAAACAAGAAUGUCGUCGUGCACAAACUUGACCUGGCGUCUCUGACAUCAGUGAGACAGUUCGCAAAGGUGAUCAAUGAUGCUGAGCCAAGAUUGGAUGUCCUGAUUAACAAUGCAGGUGUGAUGGUCUGUCCUAGAUGGGAGACAGAGGACGGCUUUGAGAUGCAGUUUGGAGUGAACCACCUGGGCCACUUCCUCCUCACCAACCUCCUCCUGGACCUGUUGAAGAAGACUGCCCCCAGCCGGGUUGUCACUUUGUCGUCUCUGGCACAUUCUUUUACCAGUGGCAUAGACUUUGACGACAUCAACUAUGAAAAGGACUAUGAUCGAAGGGAGUCCUACCACAGAAGCAAGCUUGCUAAUGUACUGUUCUCCAGGGAACUUGCCAGGAGGUUAGAAGGUACUGGGGUCAAAUCCAACUCCCUCCAUCCGGGGGUCAUCUACUCAGAACUAUACCGACAUCAAGAGGACUUUGUACGUGAAAUAGUUGGUACACAGGUGGCCAACAUGAUAAUAGAGAGAUUUUUUCGUAUGAUGGGAAAGACCUUGGAGGAGGGAGCCCAGACCACCAUCUGUUGUGCAGUAUCAGAGGAAUGGCAGAACACAACUGGUCUGUACUUCAGUGACUGCGUGCCCAAGGAGCCGUCAGCGGCAGGCAUGGAUGACGAGGCAGCUGCCAGACUCUGGGACGUCAGUGAGAGGAUGGUCGGACUCAAGUCAUGACGUCACACAGAGAAUGUCAUGGGUUAC